AGCUGAUUGGUCACUUUAAUUUAUUGAAUGCUCUGAUUGGUACAAUGAAUAUCGUAAGACACAUGUUUUAGACAUGACCACUGUAUUAUGUUGUGUUUUAGUUGUAUCUUGUACUUGGAGUACCGUGCAGCAGUAUCUGGAUUGUACAUGCCCUAAGUCGCUUAAAGCUUGAGCCAGCUCAAGAGCCUCAACUUAUUCUCUAGCACUUGCUGCAGCCACCAGGGUCCACCAAAAGCGACUGGGUGGGUCAGCCACUGGACACUUCAACUAUGAACUGAUGAAGCGUGCUAAACAAAACAAAAAAAAAUACCCGCCAGAUCUAUGCUGAGGUCAUUGCUUAUGGCACGCAUCGAUGGUUGCCGAUGACUUCUCCUAUAGUAUUAUAUUAUCUUCCUGAUCUGAUCAUGUGGCCAUAAAUAGCAAGGGCCUUAGAUUGUUCGGCCAGGGAUAGCAUAACACCGCCGAGGAAGCAGCAAGCAGCAAGGUCGACAUGUCGUCUCCGCCGCCGGUGAAGCUGAUCGGCUUCUUCGGCAGCCCGUACGCGUUCCGCGCGGAGGCGGCGCUGUGCCUGAAAGGCGUGCCGUACGAGCUGAUCCUGGAGGACCUGUUCGGCAGCAAGAGCGAGCUCCUGCUCCACCACAACCCCGUGCACAAGAAGGUGCCCGUGCUCCUCCACGGCGACGGCCGGGCCAUCUCCGAGUCCCUCGUCAUCGCCGAGUACGUCGACGAGGCCUUCGACGGGCCGCCGCUGCUCCCCGCCGACCCCUACGCGCGCGCCGCGGCCCGCUUCUGGGCCGACUUCAUCGAGACCAGGCUCACCAAGCCCUUCUUCAUGGCGAUCUGGGUGGAGGAGCGCGAAGCGCGCCUGCGGUUCGAGGAGGAGGCCAAGGAGCUCGUGGCGCUGCUGGAGGCGCAGCUCGAGGGAAAGAGGUUCUUCGCCGGCGACAGGCCGGGGUACCUCGACGUGGCCGCGUCCGCGCUCGGGCCCUGGCGCAGCGUCAUCGAGGAGCUCAACGGUGUGGCGCUGCUCAGCGAGGAUGACCACCCCAACCUGUGCCGGUGGACCAGGGACUACUGCGCCUUCGAGGCUCUCAAGCCGUGCAUGCCGGAUCGGGAGAAGCUCCUCGCCUACUUCACUAAGAACUUCGACAGGUACAAGGCGGCCGUCAAUGCGACGCUAUCGCAGUCGCAGCAGUAAUAACUGCCCAACUGGGAGUAGUUUUGUUUUUGCGGCUGGUUUCAUAAAGAAGGGGGACAAGCACAUCGACUGUAUGAUCCUGACAGUAAUAGUUCGUCAUGAUUCAGUCUUUGACUUGAGGAAGCCGCGGAGUGGAACUGGAGCGUAGACUCAGGGGGAGACGCAGACAACUCUGUAGAGUUCUUUGUUGAUGAGGAAGCUUGAGCUUGUUGCAGGAAUGGGAGGUGGAGGUGCUCAGGAAGGGCAUGUAAAUGCCAGCAACUAGUGCUUCAGAAGUCCAGUCUCAUCCGACAACAGUGGCCCUUUGAGAUCCAGAAUUACAGGAGAGGAGUUAGUAAGGACCGCAGGAAACGAUGGAGUUGGCGUACGUACGUGUCGGCGAUGCCUGAACCGUGUGCUUCUCCAACCCAAGCAGUAAUACUCUAGCAUCCAGUGGCGGCCAUGACCACGACGACCCGUGCUUCCAAUCCAAGCGUGCAUCCGUACAUCGGCUACGUGCUCGCCUGAAUUUUCUUUUUCACCCAGCCCCUUUUUUCCCGUGCAGGACGGCAAAGGGUCCGCGCAUCAGGUGCGUAUGAUGCCAGCAAAACUGUUAUCUAGUCUAGUCAAUAGUCAUCUCCCAAGAGAUGAUUACAGGCCGCCUGUAAAUGGAACGCGAGGCUUUGGAAGCUGUGUCCUUGAUGCUUCAAGUUAUCUUAAAUUAAAUAUUUCUAUAAGUCCGAUCAGAUUUAAAGAGAAAACAAAACCAAAAUUUAUGA